UUCCUAGGAAAAAAACAGAGAGGCUGAUUAGGUUAGACAAGCCUGAAAGAGAGCAAGAAGUCCUGCUGAUGAUUGACAGGUGUAGAUUUGUGGGCAGGGGCUAUAAAUCCCACGGGUGAGCUCUCCAGCUACCCUUUGGGGAAAGGCAAACGGCUGCAGGAAGCACUCAGGACUCGCCUUUGGUGAACCAUGGGGCUUAGUGACCAGGAAUGGCAGCAAGUCCUGACAGUCUGGGGAAAGGUGGAGUCCGACCUCGCUGGCCAUGGCCAUCAGAUUUUAAUGAGACUUUUUCAGGACCAUCCUGAGACCCUUGAUCGCUUUGAAAAGUUCAAAGGUCUGAAGACCCCUGAUGCGAUGAAGGGCUCUGAAGAUCUGAAGAAACAUGGAGUUACUGUUCUUACCCAGCUGGGCAAAAUCCUGAAGGCAAAGGGUAAUCAUGAGGCCGAACUGAAGCCCCUGGCUCAGACCCACGCAACCAAGCACAAAAUCCCUGUCAAAUAUCUGGAGUUCAUUUCCGAAGUCAUUAUCAAGGUCCUUGCUGAAAAACACGCUGCAGACUUUGGGGCUGAUGCCCAGGCUGCAAUGAAGAAGGCUCUGGAGCUGUUUCGAAAUGAUAUGGCCAGCAAGUACAAGGAGUUCGGUUUCCAGGGUUAGAACAUAUGCACAAAGGAAUACCACGAUGGAGGGCCUGGCCACGCAUCUUUCCCCAGCGCUAUUUUGGACAUCUCACAAUUGGCCAUCUCUGGUGUGUGGGAAAGCUUUGAUGAGACGCCAAGAGUCACUCCAGGCAGCAUAGAGGCACUCAGAGUGAUAUCCAUGAUAAACUGUCGUUUCCUGGCUUCAUGUAUACAAAAGAAAUAUUCUGCUUUCUUAGGAAAAAUUACAUUAGGGGUUAUCUGUGAGCUUCAGCCUAUUUUAUCCCCUUUCUCUCUCUAUCCCUGGAACUCAGUCUCAUCUGAGAGGCAAAUGGCAUGGCCAAAGAUGAAGGGAUGUGGAGGAUCAAGGAAAGUGCUGAGUGUGGUGAAUGAGUGAAGCAAUGACUCAAAUGAGAGAUGUGAGAAUGGGAAGCAGGGACACAACAUCCCAUUCCUCCCACAGGUGAGACUGUUAGCAGGUUACUAUGGAGAGCUUCCAGCAUGGCGUUACCUUGUUUUGUGGGGGUGAAUCCAGCCAGUCAGUCUCCAGUGCCUGCCAGCUCUGGAGGGUUUAGUUGUUAAACUUGCAUUAGCAAAACUAUAAAGAGCAGCAGUCCCUGUGAUCUGUAGGCUUCUAGCAGCCGCCACUAUGUGUCUGAAGGUCUGUUGCCCUGGGAAGUGAAAUAUGUGUUUCUCAGAAAAUAAAAAUCCCUGCACCAGA